AUGUCCUGCAUAGACAGCGUUCUGUUCCAGUACCUUAAUGACACAGCGGAAGACUCUGGACAGAGAGUGUCUGGCAUGAACCUGGACUCUUCCUGCUCGCCCUCCAGAGAGGAGCCAACAGUCACCCAUGGGGGAGACAAAGAACUCCUAGAGUUUUCUGCAUUUUGUUCCGAGCUUCAGAAGAGACAUCGCGCAGAUAAUAACUCGCACGCAGGAGUCCUGCUCAAGAAUACUCUUAGCCCAGGGUUUGGCUGCUAUCGAGAAAAUAUGCAGUGGACUUCUGGUCCAAAGCUGGGAUGUGGGAAAUUUGGAUCUGUCUUCGAAGUGCAUGACAAGAAAAGUCACUUCAAAUGUGCUGUAAAAAAGGUGCAGUUGAAAGAUUUUAAAACAGAAGAGCUAGAAAUUUGGAAGGAUUUAAGUGGACCAUAUGUUGUCGAACUUUUUGGAGCAAUUUUGGAAGGCGAUUUUGUGAUGUUCUUUAUGCAGGUUGCAAAUGGAGGAUCUCUCAGUGGACUUAUAAAAUAUGGAGGCUUGUCUGAAAAUGUAGCUCUAUAUUAUUUCAGAAUGAUUUUAGAUGCUCUGGAGUAUUUGCAUAGACAAGGUAUUAUUCACAAUGAUGUCAAAGGCGACAAUAUCCUGCUCAACGAUACAACUCGGGAACUUGUUCUUUGUGAUUUUUCUUUUGCUGAGAAGCUUCGUCCUGGGCAGGAGUUCAUUCCGAAAGGCAGAUUGAAAGGGAGAACUCAGACACACAUGGCACCGGAAGUGGCAUCACAAGAGGAACAUGACACCAGGGCCGAUGUGUGGAGCGCCACCUGCACCCUUCUCCACAUGAUGAACGCCAGGCACCCCUGGAUCAAAGAAUAUAACCAUCUGCCCUCUCUGGAUAUCGUGAUUGCAAAACACAGCCCGCCGUUGUUUGAAAUCCCCAAAGGCUGCCAUGACGACGCAAGGAGGCUCAUCGAAAGAGGCCUCACAGUGAAUCCUCAGAAACGUCCACAGGCAGCAGCUCUGCGCGAUGAGGUCCACGACGUCCUGCUGAACCUGGGAUAUCCGUCACCCUCUUGCUUUGAAAAUAACAUAAAAAAGCUGCAAUCCAGCCCCCCAGAGAGCUUCGGCCCCCCACCCUCUGAGUCUACAACUGAGCCCUCUUUCACCCUGAACACACCUCCUCCAUUGCCUCACCCUCCAGAGGGAGAAGAAAAAAAGGAGCCAAAGCAUGUUUCGAAUGUAUAUAAAACAUCGAUGUGGGAUGCCAAACCUCUGGAAUGUGGCGUGACCAGAAUGAGAAAAGAAAGCGAAAAGGAGAAUUCGGAGAUUAUCAAGGCCUUUCACCGUGACAGACUGUCCACCUGCAACUCAGAGGACUUGGAAGAAUGGCUGGAGAUGGUGGAAACGGCCGAGACCUGGCUGGAUGAUGAUGUUAUGGUUCCAACAGAUACAUCCUGACUGCUCUGUGAGGAGAGGGGUUUUCACAGACUGUAUACAACGCAGUUCAGUUUCAUUACUCCCAUAUUGCUCUUAUUAGUAAUGGACAACUAUCAUGCUUUAUCAUGCUAAAGUGCAGCUGGUUGUGACAAUUAUGUUGCAAAUUCAAAUGUUUUUUUUUGCUGUGUGUUUAGGAAUUCCUUACUACUACAGCUCAAAAAUGUCCAAUAGGAAAAUUACUGAGAAAGCUUUAAAUGACCAUUUGCAUUCACACGUUACUCAUGAAGUGAAACUCAACCUGUGCUUUUCAGUUUGAUUGCUGUGUGUUAUUCUACAGUAAGUGUUCACCAUUUGGAGAGUUAGUGGCCUCAACAUAUAAUGAGAUCGGAAACAAAAACAAAUUCUGUUAUUCUGUGCCAAGCUAUGCAAUAUUAUUUCCUAUUUUAUUCUACAUUCUGUUCUGUCCAGGAUAAAGAUGAUGUUUCUACAGAGAAAAGGUUUAAUCUACCAGAAGAGGUGCACUGUACUGAUGUUGUAAAAUAUUGGUACAUUUUUUAUAACAAUUAUAGAAAGUAGUUCCUUUACAAAAUGAAAAAUAAAUGUUCAUGUUCUUGGUGAUUUCAUGAGACAGUUUGUUGAUUUUAUUGAUCUGCUGGUUUGGUUGGUUGAUCUUGUAGGUUUUUUUUACUGAUUUCUUUAUCACUGUCAUGGGCCUGAUUCUCUAGAGGUUCUUAGACAUUGAUGUAAGAUAUGAGUUAACACUAUCCCAUAAUAAGUGGUCUUGACUAAAGUGAAUUCCCCUUCUUAAGGCAUACACUUAGCAGUGAAAAGGCAUAACAAAACAAACAUUACCUUAAAGUACAUGUCAAAUAUCAGCACAACAAUGUAUAUCUGAACGUAAAGCACUUCUAAAAAAUCAUUUAAUACUUCAGGACAGCUGACUAUAAAGAAAGUGUGAGGACGUAAAGGAGAGAAAGCAGUUGGAAGCAAUUGUGUUUUGAAGCGUAAAACAUACUACAAAACACAAAUGAUUUUCAUUGAUUCUGAGAUUCUUAAACAUCCACCAAGUUAAUGUGCCAUGAAAUGCAUUAUUUAUAGAAUAUGAGCUGAACAUUAUGAGAGAAAGCACAAACAUUUGUUGCUGUGCAAUCGUACCUUUAAGGCCACUGAAGAAAUUAUUUUAAUUAUUGAACUUUCACACCAGGCAGAGAAGCCUGAAAAUGAAACACCUGAAGGUACCGUAUUUGUGCUCAGUCUAAAAGGUUCCUGCUUUGUCCUGAAAUUUCUGGGUAAUUGCUGCCUCUCUGAUUCGAAGGCUUUUUUCUUUCUGUUCUUUGAAAAUGGUGCUUUCUCUGUUAACAAGAAGUUCCUCCAUCACGAGCUAAAAACACCUGACACGAAAGGUUUUCCAUCCAAAAGACAUAUACUGCAUAACAUCUGCUUCCUAUUGGUCUUACGUAGCACAAAAUUUAAACCACGGUUAGCGUGGUGUGCCGAACACUGUAUGCAUAUUAGUGCUAUCUUACCAUAUUAUUUGAAUAUAACACAAAGCAUUUUGCAUAUUCAGAAGAUACUAAUAGACCCUUUGUCUUAUUUUGAAGGCAAAUCAUUUUUAAAUAACUAUUUCAUUUUACACAACUCAAGGUCAU